UCUCUUGAUACGCGUAUAAGAAUAAAAGCACAGAUUAAUAUUCCUAUGAGAAACCAAAUGGGAUUCCAUCUGAAAAGGCCAUGUGAGAAUCCACAUAGGAAUCUAAGCUGGAUUCCCAUAUUGAUUUUUUUGAUAGGAAAAUCAUAAAUAGGCAUGAAUUUGGGUCAUGACUUUUCCAAAGAUAUUGUAUUUGGUCAUAUUAACUAGUUUUAUCAUAUAGAUGUAUAUUGAAGAAAAUUUCUAUUAUCAAUACAGACAAUUCACAAACGUUGGGCAAAUCAUGUACUACAGACAUGGAUUGUAAGCACAUUGAAAAUUCGAAAUGUUCAACAGAUAAUGUAUGUGCUUGUAAGAUGAAUUAUUUUGCACCCGAUAAAUUUUGUUGUAUACCAACAUUGAAUGGGUUCUGUUCACAUGACGUAGACUGUUAUGAUGACUCAUUACAUUGUUCUAAUAAUCAAUGUCUAUGUGAAAGUAAUCACACGGCAAUAUCUGUUACCCAAUGUGUUCAAACACACUUACUGAGUUCCUGUAAUGAUGUUACGGAAUGUAGUGAUUCAUGGCAUUCAUCCUGUUCAAAAGAAGGAAAAUGCAUUUGUGCAUUAACUAACAUAGCAGUCAGUUUAUCAACGUGUCUCCCAAUUUUAAACGGAUAUUGUUGGAAAGAUAAUCAAUGCCAGGUUGAGAACUCUGUUUGCAUUGAUUUUCGGUGUAAAUGCGAGCAAGACUUUAUUGCUAUCGCUAAUAAUCUAUGUGAACCAAUUAUCUAGAAGGAAAUGUCAAUAAAGGUGGAUCCGAGUGGCCAACCGAAAACUUUCUUCGAUAAAAUAGCGCCAUGCUACAAUUCUAUUAAAGAACCAUUUUUAAAUAAAACUAAAAUAAAAUGUUGAGAAAGUCGAAAAUUGCACUCUUCAAAUGCCUAUGUUGUAAUGAAAAUGUGGGAUAUUUUU